AUGCAUUUCAAUACCACCGUGGUAUCUGCGCACUAUCAAGAACUCACCCGAUCAUGGCUUCUGACAGACGCCAAUGGCUGCCAGUAUUCCUGCAGAUUCCUCAUUACAAGCAUGGGGCUUCUGAAUCACCCCACACUGCCAAAUAUCCCUGGUAUCAAUUAUUCCGAGGGCGUGGCAAUGCACACUGCUCGAUGGCCCGACAAUGCCUCUUUAAAUGGUAAACGGGUAGGGAUCAUCGGAACUGGUGCGACCGGAAUCCAGACAAUCCAAGAAAUAGUCAAAGUUGUCGGCCACCUGACGGUCUUCCAACGAACAGCCAAUUGGUCUGCUCCUUUACGAAAUAGCAAAAUUACACCAGAGGAGAUGGAACAGAUCCGAGGUCGAUACCCAGAAAUAUUCCGGCUCUGCGAUGAAUCCUACGCCUGCUUCCUUCACGGCGCGGAUAACCGUCAAACAUUCGGCGUUCCCAUCAGAGAAAGGGAAGCUUUCUGGGCAGAGCUUUAUGCUAAGCCAGGCUUUGCAAAAUGGCUGAGCAACUUUAGCGACAUUAGUUAUAACAGGGAAGCAAACGCGGCAUACAGCGAGUUUAUGGCGAACAAAAUUCGCCAGCGCGUCCACGACCCUGCCAUAGCGGAGAAGCUCAUCCCGAAAAACCACGGAUUCGGUACCAGGCGCGUACCGCUGGAAACAUUCUACUUCGAAGCAUUCAACAGACCCAGCGUCAAGCUCAUGGACAUCACUGAGGACCCGAUCGAAAAGAUCACUAGGAAGGGCGUAAAGACGCGAGACGAAGAAAUCGAAUUAGACGUGCUCAUCUAUGCGACAUGGUUCGACGCAGUGACAGGUGCGUUCACGGCCGUAGACAUCCAGAGGGUGAACGGCGAGAAGCUAAACAAGCACUGGAUCGACGGGCCGAGGACCCGAUACGGGCUCUUUGUACAAGGCUUUCCCAACAUGAUGAUGGUGCUGGGCCCGCACCAGAUGUUCGGCAACAUUCCGCGCAGCAUCGAGUACGCCGUCGACUGGAUCACCGACUGUAUCUGGUACUGCUGGGACAAUAAUAUCAGGAGAAUCGAGGCCACACAUGAAGGUGUCACCGAUUGGACGGACCACGGCUUCAAGUACUCUGAAGGGCUCUUGUCGAAGGUGGUCGACCCGUGGAUGACCGGCGUCAAUAAGAACGUCAAGCAUAAGCAGACCAGGAGUAUUGCCAGAUAUAGCGGCCCAGCGGCCGAGUUCAGGCGCAUGAAGGGAAAUGUCGCGGCGCGGAAUUAUCAGGAUUUGAGGUUGAAUUGA